AGCAUCAUAGGGAUUUGCGGCGCCUUCAAGCAGGCAGAAGCUUCCAGAGCUUCAGGCAUGGCUCUGCGAUUGGCACUGCGACGAUUGAGCUCUAAGCCAGUGCCUCUGGGUCUGGCAAGCGAUCAAGUGGUGUCUAUCCGGGAGUCUGCCAAAACCUUCUUUAACGAGGUCGGUAGCUUCAGCCCAGGAAAGUAUUUCGAGGAAAAAUAUUUCUGGGAGAAGGCAAACGUUGGGCCUUUCUUCCUCUUUCUCUUCUUUGUGCCCACCUUCUACCGUUCCUUCAAGGAUUUCUACUGGACGCAGCAGCUGCGCAAGCUGAACACCGAAGAGAUCAUCAGUGACCGUUAUGAGUGGCUUCGAUUGAACAUGCUGAAGGACGAAGUUGAGGCUUGUCUGCUGGCGCAGGUGCCGGAGGGAGGGAUCAAGCCCUUGGAGCUGGGCCCUUCCAAGGUGGAGUGUCACGAGGUCAUGGAGGCAUCUGCGGCCCUGGCGGGGCCCAAGAUGCCGAAGGCUCGUCGCUCGGUGCCGAUUGUCCUCGCCUUUCUGGCUUCUGCGGCGGCAGCUACCUACUGGGCACCAGUUUGGGUUGGUGGAGCUUCACGACAGCCGCGCAGGACAGACCUCGUUCAGUGCCAUUCCACGCAGCACGUCGCCCUCCCGAACCCGCAAAAUAUCGAGGCACGCCGGAACUAUCCUGAGUAUAAGUUCGAUGAGGACGGCGGCAUGUAUGACAUCAUCAAAUAUCCUUUGCUGACAGCGAAGGCGUGCCGUUUGCUUGAAGAGUACAACAUCUACACCUUCAUGGUGGAUCGGAAGGCCAACAAGCCACAGAUUCGUGCUGCCAUUGAGACGAUUUUCGGCGUCAAGGUGAUCAAAUGCAACACGUUGAUACCUUCUUCCAGAUACCAAAUUGCGUAUGGCAUGAAAAUUGGCAGAAAAUCCCUCUUCAAGAAGGCGUAUGUGCAGGUCAAGGAGGGGGACUCGAUUGACCUCUUCCCAGAUGACCCGGAAGCAGUCUAA